AGAAUCCUCCACCGGCCCCCUUACAGUGGGAGCCCCGGAAUCUCGCUGCUGCGGCCAGGAAUGUCUAGAUUUCGGACACAAAUUUCCUCAUUCGGCCUUCGUCUUCCACCAUGAUUUGGGAUAUAAUAUUUCUGGGAUGUAAUGUUUACACGGACAGCAGUAUAUAGACGACAUUAUUGAACAAUCUCCUGCUUCAUGUUGUUUGGAUAUCAUGGCUCCGUCUGCUAUCUACGAGCCUGUGGCUCAGAAGCAGCUUCUCAAAGUCGAAAAUGCGCCAACGACCUACCGCAAUGAUAGUGUGAAGAAGCCAGUCGCUGAUGACUACAUGUACGCCUUCAAGUACAAUUUUCCACUGCCAACUCAUGGGGAUGAUUCAGAGGUGCUCGAUUUCACGGAAGACGACCAGAAGAAUCGACGUGAGAUCGCGGACCAGUUUAUAAAAGAAUUGGAACAGGUAGUUCAGAGCCGUGACUCCAAAGCAUUUGCAGAUCUGUUUCUGUAUAAUGGGGUUUGGAGGGACAAGGUCGCUUUCACUUGGGAUUACCGAUCUUUCAACACUCCGAAGAAGAUCGAAGAGGCUGCUUCUGAUCUCUUCCCUCGUGUUCCUACACGCAACUACAACAUAAUCGACCCGGCUCCAUCAAUCCAACGGCCGUACUCAGAUAUUGCUUGGCUUCAAAUCGUAUACACCUUUGAGACUGACCUUGUUGGUGCGAGUGGCGUCAUGAAUCUUGUCAAAACCAGAGAUGGCUUCAAGAUCUGGACGUUGCAUACUGCUAUCGAAAGCUUGAACGGUCAUCCGGAGGUGCCCGACAGGGAUGGUCACAUGAUCGGGGAUAAGUCCUGGCACAAUCAGAGAAUCGAGGACGACAACCUGGAGGGCGUCGAACCUGAAGUCAUCGUGGUUGGUGGUGGUCACUGCGGUCUUCACGCUGCUGCUCGGCUAAAAGCUCUUGGUGUCAGCGCCCUCAUCGUCGAGCGCAACCCUCGCAUCGGUGACAACUGGCGAAACAGAUACGAAUACCUCUCUCUUCACCUUCCUCAUUGGGCUGAUCACUUUCCCUACUUGCCCUACCCGGAACAUUGGCCAACAUACACUCCAGCCGGUAAAAUGGGUGACUGGCUAGAGUGGUAUGCAAGUGCCAUGGAACUGACCGCCUGGACUGACUCAAGCGUUGUUUCUGCCUCGGAGAAGCAGACGGGUGAUUGGGAACUCACCGUGCAACGUGGAUCCAAGGAAGGCAAUUAUACUCGAACCUUUCAUCCCAAGCAAGUCAUCGUGGCCACGUCGCUCGCGGGUGUGCCAUUCACGCCGGAUAUCCCUGGAAUGGACAAGUUCAAGGGCACUGUCAGGCACUCCACUAAGCACGACUCAGCUCGCGAGUGGGUCGGCAAGAAGGUCCUUGUUGUAGGAACCUCCUCCUCUGGCUUCGACACCGCAUACGACUUUGCACGUCGCAACAUUGACGUCACGCUUCUUCAAAGAUCGCCUACAUACCUCAUGUCUCUGGAACAAUCUGUCCCAAGGAUACUCGCUCCCCUCUACGAGCCAAAAGACCACAAAAGACCAGACUUGGACACCGCCGACCGCUUGAAUUACAGCAUGCCUGUUGGUCCUGCCGAAGAGCUGAACCGUCGAACGGCUCGAGAUAUCUGGAAUGCCGACGUUGAAUUGAUUGCCAAGAUGGAACAAUCAGGCUUCAAAGUUUGGAGAGGUCAACGUGACACUGGUUCCCAUACCUUGGGGUACACCAAGAAUGGUGGUUUCUAUUUCGACGCCGGUGCCUGCAAGGCCAUCAUUGACGGUAGAAUCAAGAUCGAACAAGGUUACCCGAUCCGGUUUACCGAAGACAGCAUCGUCCUGGACGGUGGCCGAGAGCAGGAAUAUGACCUUGUGGUUAUGGCUACUGGCUUCUCCAACACCAUCGACUCGGUCCGCAACAUUCUCGGUGACGAGAUCGCCGAUCGAUGCAAUCCAAUCUGGGGUAUGGAUGAAGAGGGUGAGCUCAACUCGGCGUGGAGGACAAGCGGUGUGCCUGGCCUGUGGCUCAUGGUUGGCACUCUACAGGCUGGUCGUUAUCAUUCAAAGAAGUUGGCUCUCAGGAUUAAAGCUAUCCUAGAGGGAAUCGCCCCUGAACCCUACAUGAAAUAGGGGGGAAAGCCUUACUUAAAAUAGACCAAAUUAGAUUUCUUUGGCUGGCGUUGAGGCUUGAAAAUCAUCUGCCCAAGAAUCUUCAUCUGUCACUUCAAAUUCCCAUUAAUCCUGGUUCUGGUUGUAUUGCUGCAUCGAAACAUAGCUCCCAAAAAUUCCACACUUGCGGUUCUGCCAACCUGACGGCAUUCUCAGAUUUUUUGUGAUCGGUAUUCAGUCAGUCGUUGCGGUGAGCUUUUCACAACAGCCAUCUCGGCCUUCAACUCAAUGGCCUGCAAAGGCAAUUUGGGACCGGUCAACGUUUGAUCUUCAGGUAGACUUGUGAUCAAUACGUUGGCCUUAUCGAUAGAGAUAGAGAGACG